GGAGGGGAGGGGAGGAGAAGCGCAGGAUCUACCGGAUCACUCAUGGGAGGAAGGUGAUGCGCCGAGUAGCUUUUGUGCUCUUCCCAGGGUCAAAGCAGCAGCUGGAGGUGAAGAGGAUAUCAAUAAAAGCACUCUGGACCAACUGAGAAUAACCAGCAACUUUGAAAAUGAAAGCAAAUUGAGCCUUCGGAAAAGCACACAAUUCUUCUCCUUACCCAGCUGGUGAGAGACAAAAGAGAGAAAAUCAAGAAGAUAUUUCAACCUGAAAAAAGUAGAUUAUGCAGAACUCAACAAUAGAUUAUACAAAAAGGUCAAAGGAGAUUAUUUUUCAUCCAGAAAAAUAGGGAAAUGUCUAGAAGUGGGUGGAGAGGAAAAAGACAAUUGGUUAGUCACAAGGAGUAGACAGUAAGGCAGGCCUUGCCCCGUGAGGAAGAAAACAGUAUCAAAGCUCCAUGCAACCAGAGAUCACACAUAUUUUUGACCUCUUUAAGAAUAUAAGUGGUGGGAAAGCUCCAUAGAUGUGCCUAUUGUGGGAAGAUCACAGAUAGCAAAUCAUAGAUUAUGCAUGACAGGAGCCACACUGGAGGAAAGCCGUACAAAUUAUCCAAAUGUGGGAAAAGCUUUAGUUAAAACAGCUCCCUUGUGGUUCAUGGAAGGGCCCACACAGGCGAGAUGCGCUAAAAGUGCUCCCAAUGCAGUAAAUAUUUUUGCAAGCAUGGCAACUUAGUGAUACAUCAGAGGACUCACAUCAGGGGAAAUCCCUUUGAAUGGUCCAAUUGUGGGAAAAGUUUCAUUGCAAAUUCCCACCUGGUGGUACACCAGAGGAUGCACACAGGAAAGAAAUCAUAUAACUGUCCUGAUUGUGGGAAAAGUUUCAUUGCAAAUUCCCACCUGGUGAUCCAUCAGAGGACUCACACAGGAGAGAAGCCCUUCGAAUGUCCUGAUUGUGGGAAAGGUUUCAGUCAGAAUUCUAGCCUGGUCAUUCACCAGAGGACUCACACAGGAGAGAAACCCUUUGAAUGUUCUGAUUGCGGCAAACGUUUCAGUUGGAAUUCCAACUUGGUGAAACACCAGAGGACUCACACAGGAGAAAAACCCUUUGAAUGUCCUGAUUGUGGGAAAAGUUUCAGUCAGAAUUCUGACCUGGUGAACCAUCAGAGGACUCACACAGGAGAGAAACCCUUUGAAUGUCUUGAUUGUGGCAGAAGUUUCAGUCAGAAUUCUAACCUGGCAACACACCAAAGGACUCACACAGGAGAGAAACCCUUUGAAUGUCCUGAUUGUGGCAAACGUUUCAGUCAGAAUUCCAAUCUGAUGACGCACCAAAGGACUCACACAGGAGAGAAACCCUUUGAAUGUUCUGACUGUGGGAAACAUUUCAGUCAGAAUUCCAGCCUGGUGAUACACCAGAGGACUCACACUGGAGAGAAACCAUACGAAUGUCCGGACUGUGGGAAAGAUUUCAGUAGUAGGUCUAGCCUUAUAAGUCAUGUAGUUUUGCAUACAGGGGAAAAACCUUUCAGAUGUUCGGUUUGUGGACGGUACUUCAGACGGAAAUCAUCCUUUAUUGCACACAAGGUAAUCCAUAUGAGGCAAACGCUGGCAGGUUUAGAGAAGGCUUGAAUUUCAUUUCUGAUUUCCCAUUGGAAGUGUAAGUGAGAAACUGACAAUCUGAAUUGCGUCUUGAUUCGUUUUAGUCAGCAUCUCUCAGGAUUAUAUUUUUUGGUGGAGGGAAAAAAUGGAAAAUAUUAGUUCGAUAAAGGGUAACUACUUUUGUGUUUGUCAACAGAGGUUACUGGAUAUUUCCUUUUACAAAAUUUGUGGAAUUUCUCAAAACGGCUUUUGGAUGGUGUUUUUUGUAUAUUGAUUAUUGAAAUCCUAAAUAAGACACUGGCUACCUCAGAGUUGGGGGGAACUCUUGCAGGGCUAGCUCAAGCCCAGGCUUGCUCCCCCAGGCAUCGCUAGGCCUCCCAACAUCCCAAGACACCUAUUGCUCUGAUUCCCAACCCUUGGUUCCUCCUCUCCCAGGCCUUCUCCUCCCUUACAGGGUCCCAGCAGGCUUUUCCUUCCAUCCACAGGCCUUCCCCACAGAAUACCCUCAGGCUUUUCCCAAUCCCACUGGCUCCCUGAGGACCUUAGGCCAUUACGAACAAAUGGAGCACCCACAAUUUCUGGA